GGUGUCGGUGGGUAUCUCUCUUUUUCCAAUGUAUUCCAUUUCCUUCCACCCCCACCACUUCUCACAACUGCCCUCGACUCAACAAUCACUUAUUUCAAGACAAGAAUCAGCAGAGCUGGUUUUGAAAUCAAGAAAUCUUGAAAGCUUGUUGAUUCAGUUUCUCGAAUGGGUUUAUGCUUAAAUUAGCUUUACAACAAAAAUCACAUCUAUGGCUUGGAAGAACAGAGGAGACUCCAAUUCGAGAAAUUUGGUCUCAAGGAAAUUGAGUUUUUUUCUAUGUAUUGGUUGCUUUCUUGCUGGAAUGCUGUUCACCGACAGAAUGUGGACUGAGCCUGAAGCUAAAGACAUAUCAAGACCAACUGGAACAGAAGCCGAAAAGCUUAAGUUAUUAGCAGAGGGUUGUGAUACAAUAUCAAAGGAUGUAAGGAGGGAUUCGAAGGACAUAACUGGGGAGGUUUCAAAAACACAUAAUGCCGUUCAAACAUUAGACAAAACGAUUUCGAAUUUGGAGAUGGAAUUAGUGGCGGCAAGAGCCAUGCAAGAUUCUAUAGUUACGGGAUCUCCUAUAUCUGACGAUCUGAGGCUACUCAAGCCAGUUAGGAAAAGAAAAUACUUAAUGGUUGUCGGCAUUAAUACUGCUUUUAGCAGCCGAAGGAGAAGAGACUCUCUUCGUGCUACUUGGAUGCCUCAAGGUGAUAAACUUAGGAAGCUCGAGGAAGAAAAGGGUAUUGUUAUGCGAUUUGUGAUAGGUCACAGUGCUACUUCAGGAGGCAUUCUUGAUAGAGCCAUCGAAGCAGAAGAAAAGAAGCAUGGAGAUUUCUUGAGGCUGGAGCACAUCGAGGGGUACCUUGAAUUGUCUGCGAAAACAAAAACAUAUUUUACUACUGCUGUUGCUCUAUGGGAUGCAGAUUUCUACGUCAAAGUUGAUGAUGAUGUACACGUAAAUAUAGGUACGCUUGGAGCGACAUUAAGUAGAUACAAGUUAAAAUCUCGUGUGUACGUUGGAUGCAUGAAAUCUGGCCCUGUUCUUGCUCACAAAGGAGUGAGAUAUCAUGAACCCGAGCACUGGAAAUUCGGUGAGGAAGGAAACAAGUAUUUCCGUCACGCUACAGGACAACUAUAUGCCAUCUCAAGAGAUUUAGCUACUUACAUCUCGAUAAACCAAAAUGUACUACACAAAUACGCCAACGAGGACGUCUCAUUGGGAUCAUGGUUUAUUGGUCUGGAUGUGGAGCACAUCGAUGACAGGAGGUUGUGCUGUGGAACACCACCAGAUUGCGAGUGGAAGGCUCAAGCAGGGAACAUAUGUGUGGCGUCAUUUGACUGGAGUUGCAGCGGAAUUUGCAGGUCUGCUGAUAGGAUCAAGGAGGUUCACAAGCGGUGUGGGGAAGACAACAAUGCCCUAUGGAGUGCAUCAUUCUAAGGAGGAAAGAUCCGAUAUGAUAUAUGUUACAUCGAUGCGUCUGUAAAAUAGAGAGAGAGAGAGAGAGAGAGAGAGAGAGAGAGAAGAUAGAGGCUGCAGGCACAGGGGUUCUGCCUUGUUUUAGCUCAAGAGGAAGCUACCCCUGGCUGGCGCCAGACUGAGAGUUAAAAAGAUGUUAUUUUAUGAUUUUGAGCAACAAUUUUGGUGCUCUUUUUGCUUUUCAGAAAUUAGC